UAAAACUUGGAACUCUCUAUGUGGGGAGGUAAAAUUAGUUUGAUAUACCAACAACAAUGUUAUCCAGGUUGAAGUUGCUGCAUUCUCGACAUCUGCAGCAUUUUGUCGAUUCUUUGAAACCACUGAGUGGUUAUCACACAAAAUGUGGUAUCUAUGGCAACUACCCAAGAACUGCACCAGAUUUUAAAAUCGAUGAGGCCACUGUUCAGAACAGGAUUUACCAAAGCAAUAUCUACAGACUGGUGGAGGCAUACAGGAGCCAUGGACACAAAAAAGCCGCCCUGGAUCCACUACAGCUGACAGAGGCAGAAUGUGUGCCAGAACUAGAUCCUGCCCUGUAUGGAAUAUCCGCAGAGAGUAAUCAGAUCAUCCAGACGGAGGGGAUCUUCCACGGACCGAACAUGACAGUGGAGGAACUAGUCAACAGCCUGGAGUCCAUCUACUGUGGGCCAGCUGCUCUCGAGUUUCAGCAUCUAGAGAGUUCAGAAGAGAGAGAAUGGUUGGCUUCUGCAUUUGAGAGGAGAGGAGAUAUAGAGUUAACAGCCCAGACCAGAGUAGAGCUAGCUGAUAUAAUGCUACGGUGUCAGGCAUUUGAUCACUUUUUGGCCAACAAGUUUGUGAAUGUGAAGCGUUAUGGGGGCGAGGGUGGAGAAAGCAUGAUGGCCAUAUUUGAAGAAAUCUUUAAUAAAUGUUCACAAAGCAGUAUAUCAGACGUUGUUAUAUGUAUGCCACACAGGGGGCGCCUGAAUUUCCUCACCUGUAUGCUCAAGUUUCCUCCUGUUAUCAUGUUUAAAAAGAUGAAGGGACUGCCAGAGUUUCCGUCCGAGGUUGCAGGGAGUGGGGAUGUCCUGUCCCAUCUGUACACAUCUGUUGAUUUAAAGUAUAACAGCAAGGAUGUCCAUGUUAGUUUAAUCCCUAAUCCUUCUCAUCUGGAGGCAAACAAUCCAGUGGCUGUAGGCAAGGCCCGGUCCAAACAGCAGACCCAUCAGUGUGGGGAGUACAGCCCUGACCCCGGGGACGACAAGGUGCUCUGUGUACAGGUGCAUGGCGAUGCCUCAUUUUCUGCUCAGGGUAUUGUUGCAGAGACAUUCUGUAUAGCGGAAUGUCCCCAUUUUAAUGUAGGUGGCAGUAUACACCUCAUUGUGAAUAACCAGAUCGGCUUUACUACAGAGGCGUCUAGAGGAAGGUCUUCUAGGUACAGUAGUUGCCUUGCCAAAAUAAACGCCUAUCCAGUUAUUCACGUUAAUGCUGACUUCCCAGAGGAAGUCAUGCGGGUAACUUCUAUAGCUAUGGACUAUCGGAAAAAAUUCCAGAAGGAUGUUAUCAUUGAUUUCAUCUGCUUCCGUAAACAUGGCCACAAUGAAUUAGAUGACCCAUUUUUUACCAAUCCAAAGAUGUACAAGGCAGUGAGGGGACGCGACAGUAUUCCAAACAUAUACGCCAAAAACGUUGUGUCGGAGGGAUUGGUUGAGCAAGAGCAGCUGGAUGGUAUGGUCAAGGCCUGGAACACUACGCUGGCAGACAACAUGUCUAUGGUGGAUUCCUUCGUCCCUCAGAGGUUUGACCUCCAGCAGCAGUGGAGUCAGAUGGUCCAGGCCGGGGAUGUGGUCACUCUCUGGGAUACAGGCGUGUCUGUUGACCUUCUGAAGUUCAUAGGUCAAAAGUCUGUCACAUGCCCUGAUCUAAAAGUCCAUCCCAAUGUUCAGAAGGCUCAUGUAGACAGACGACUGGAGAAGAUGAAGGAUGGGCGGGGCUUAGACUGGGCCACAGCGGAGGCUCUGGCAUUUGGAUCACUAUUGUACCAGGGGUUCAAUGUGAGAGUGAGUGGACAGGACGUGGGGCGGGGCACCUUUAGUCACAGACACGGGAUGUUGGUGGACCAGGAAACAGACGAGAUACACAUUCCACUCAACCACAUCAAGGAGGAUCAGACUGCAUUCCUAGAGUUGGCUAACAGCGCCCUGUCUGAGGAGGCAGUGCUGGGGUUUGAGUACGGCAUGAGCAUUGACCACCCCAACAACCUGGUUAUAUGGGAGGCCCAGUUUGGGGACUUCUUCAACGGAGCCCAAAUCAUCAUAGACACCUACAUCUCCAGUGGGGAAUUGAAAUGGCUCCUUCAGACAGGACUAGUGAUGCUGUUGCCUCAUGGGAUGGAUGGAGCAGGUCCAGAGCAUUCAUCCUGUAGGAUAGAAAGAUUUUUACAGAUGUGUGACAGCAGUGAAGUGAAAGUAGAUGGAGACACUGUCAACAUGCUGGUGGCCAACCCCACGACCCCCGCUCAGUACUUCCACCUUCUCCGCCGACAGAUGGUGCGUAACUUCAGAAAGCCCCUAGUGGUGGUGGCUCCAAAGAUCCUGCUGCGUCUACCAGAAGCCACCUCCUCCCUAGAUGAGAUGGCCCCUGGAACCACUUUCCAGACAGUUAUGGGGGAUCCUGGUGUCUCUCCGGGGAAGGUGACAAAAGUUGUCUUCUGCUCAGGCAAACAUUACUACACACUGACUAAGGAGAGGGAGAAUCUCAAACUUCAAAAUGUUGCCAUAAUUCGUUUAGAGAGUCUUUGCCCCUUUCCAUCAGCUGAGAUUCAAACAGAACUGAAUAAAUUCUCCAACGCUACAGACUUUAUAUGGAGUCAAGAAGAACAUCGUAAUAUGGGGGCCUGGAGUUUUGUCUCUCCCAGAUUCGAGAACAUUUUAGGGAAGAAGCUAAGAUACGUGGGUCGUGAUCACCUAGGAACCCCCGCCACAGGAAUCGGCCAGAUCCACCAGGCCGAGGCUAAAGCCCUGCUGCAGCAGACGUUCAACUGACUCCCAGCAAAACUACAAGUCGACUGAUCAAAACAGAGACAGAUUUUCAUAUUAAAGAGUGCUAGUUAUUUUGAUAUAAUUCUUUACAACAUAUAUGUACAUUAAUCUCUUCAAUAAACAGAUAUGUUUUAUAUGUAUACAGUAACCCGUGUGUGUUUAAGUUUAUAACAAUUUUUGUGUUUUAAAGUAGAUGGAAAAUUAUAGUCAUUUUUCAUUGAUUAUUUUGUUUUAAUAAGUUACCAAUAGUUUGUUUUAUGGGUGUUUUUUGCCAUUGAUAUAUUGUACACCAUUUAAAUGCCUCAAUUCUAUUUUGAAACGAAAGCACUAGUCCACUAAAUACAAGUAUGUAUAGGUACAAGGUAUAUAGGAUAAUGUAUGCAGUAAAAUUGGUUUUUUUUUUAAAACCCACUUUAUUUGCAUAAUACCCGGUAAUAAAAUCUAGAAGUAUGAAAUAUGGAAGCUGCUACCUCAGAAACAAUUUAUACAUCACAGCUACCCGCCAACAUUUUAAUGUUAAUUUUCUCAGAUGAUCUUUUGUAUUUAUUUAACAUCAAUGCUGGUCAGUAUCUAGUGGCAUUUUUGAUUUAUUUUAUCAUGAGUGUUUUGUAAAUUUUUUUUUGUCAACAUGAGAGGGCUAAAAACAAACAUCACAUACCGGUACUUUUUCAGCCGCAGUUGAUGAUGUUUUGUAUUUAACAACAAUGUACUAGUCAUCUAGUACCUAGUGGCAUUUUUGUUUUGUUUAUUUUAUAAUGAGUGUUUCUGUUUUGUUUUUUGUCAGCACAUAAUAGAGGGGUAAAUACAAACAUCACAUAAUAGAGGGGUAAAUACAAACAUCACAUAAUAGAGGGGUAAAUACAAACACCACAUAAUAGAGGGGUAAAUACAAACAUCACAUAAUAGAGGGGUAAAUACAAACACCACAUAAUAGAGGGGUAAAUACAAACAUCACAUACUGGUACUUUCAGUUUUUCACACUUUUGAUUGAAUAUUACUAAAUAAUCAUUUUUGUUAACAUAGAACUGUUUUAAUGUUACAAUUAUUUUAAAUGUAUUCUCGCCUUGCUAUGUUCUUAAAAAAGGUUGUCAACAGCCAUUUUAUUACAUGUACAUGUAUAUAGAAUACAUGAAUUUGAACAUGUCAUUUGGAUUAUUUUAUUGACUGAUCAAGAAUAUUCUCAUGAAGUAUAUCUAGUAAACAUAGAAUGUGAUUUAUCGAACAAUGAGAUUCCUUUUAGCAUGGAUUUGAUUUAGUUGAUAAAAUCAUGUUUAGUGUGAUUCCCAGGUUUUUACACCUAUUAAAAGGAGCUAGUGGUAGAUUUUCAUAUCUUAACAAUUCAAAUCAAAAUUGUAAUCAAAACCGAGAAUUAUGCACCAUUGUGUUUGUAAGGUUAUAGAUUUAUAAAGAGAUUAUUUAGCAGGAGAGUAGAGCUUGUCUGCCCUGAUGCUGGGUUACACAACUCCUGGGUUGUCCGACAUGCACACAGUCCUAAGUAAACCAUCAUUUUCAGCAUAAUCAGGUUUAAAAAAACCAAAAUGGCAAUCAUUUUCCUGCAAUGAAAAGUUAAUAUGAGCUGUUGAAAGCGUUAAAUGAUAUUUUUGUAUGAACUAUGGACGAUACAUUUGUUCUAGGUAAUGUGAUAAUAAUUGUAUUAGUGAUGUUUAUUGUGGAAGGCAUGUACUUCUUACACAGUCUCUGUGAAUAUGAGUUAACACAAAUAGAAAUAAACUUUAAAAAGAAA